AUGGAGCCUACGACAGACCUGCGACCCCCGAGAUCCCCGGAUGCGCCCUGGCACAUAUUACGCCGGCAGACCCACAAGAGCCUGCCCAACCGGGAUCCGACAGACUCGAGGCCCUACCCGAGCCCCGUCGCCCCCGAUGCGGCCAACUACGUCCAGAGCGCCACCGCGCCGGGCCACGCCGCGCCCGAUGUCCGAGUCUUCGGACGAGUCUCCCCCAGCCUCGCCACCACGGCGCGCCGCGCCACCAACGCCUCCACGACCCUCGGGCCGCUCGAUCUCCCCGUUCUACACGGACAGGACUGGGCGCAGGAUCCCAUGCUCUUAAGCUCCGCCGUCGGGACCCUACCAAGUCCGUGCAGCCCUCGCCAGCAGGACCCGGAGUCAGACGAGGACGACGACGAGGAGGGAGACUCUCGAUCCCCCAGUCCGGCUGCCCCGACACGCGACGAUGACUACGUGCUGGAAGAUGUCACUGACAGCGAUGCCACACCGCCGUACCCCGGAUACCAAGGGGAGGAAGCCAGUGAGCAGGACGAUGACGACGCGCAAACGAUCAGCAGCGAUAGCGUGCCAGACGAUGGUGCCCCCUCGGCAGCACACUACCGAUGGGAAGGAGAGGAACGGUACGGCUUCUGGCGGGGAUCGUGGAUCCAACUAAUCCACAACCACUAUACCUCCAUCCCCAUCGAGGCACCCUUCCGGCCGACUCCCGACCCGAUCAUCACCUUUCCCCCGUCACCGGAGAGGCUAUGCAUAAUGGCCCCGGACGAGGACUGGGAGAUGGACAUGGGGAACACGCCCGAAGUCCGCCCGCCGUCGCCAGCACUGGGGGAGGAUGCGGCCCUACCCAUCUUCCCCGGCGACCGGGCAGGUGACAACGCCCCACUGGCGUCAACGAGCAAACAAGCGCUCCACGUCAGCAACCAGACAUACGACGACGCACCAUUGGCGUCAACGAGCAAACAAGCGCUCCACAUCAACCAGACAUACGACGACGCACCAUUGGCGUCCACGAGCCGACAAGCGCUCCGCAACCAGACAUACGACGACACACCGCUAGCAUCCUCGAGCCAAGGCUCGAUCCCCACCGCCAGCGAGACCACCGAGCAGGGCUACCAGCCCACCGGGAAGGCUAUGCAGUGGGAGUCGGAGUCCAGUGAUAGCGAAACCGAGACGGGACAGAAGUUCCGCCGCAAAGAGACGCGACCCCGACCACCGCCGAACAUUGCCGCGCCAAGUCAUCGAUCCUCGGUCCACCGCCGCGGGAUAUCCACCGAGAGGAACGCGCCGCCCAACGCUGCCGAGACCAACCGCCGAGCAGCAAACCAUAGCCGCUCCACUAUCAACGAGGAGGUCACUCCACCGGCCACCCCGAGUGUCGGCCCCGGAGAUCGCGGGUUCGACCUCUCUCACGCUGGACGUGCUGAUGGGGGAGCUCGAACCGGGAGUAGAAGGGCUUCUACAGGAGUUAAUCCCAGACUGGGACCCGAGCGCACCUCCAGCGCCGCGCUUCGCUUGCUCAGCCCCGGCCACCACCGCCGACGAGGUCCCACCUCCAGCGCCGCGCUUCGCUCGCCCAGUCCCUGCGACCACCACCGCCGACGAGGUCCCACCUCCAGCGCCACGCUUCACUCGCCAGGUCCCUGCGGAUGA